AUGCCAGCACCGCCGAUGCCUUGGAGAGACCGCCCCACCAAUAUCAAGCCGAUGGAACGCGAUACGCAGCAGAAGACCGUGCCUAGAGUGAAGAAAGCGACCGAGAUGGUCAGGCAUGGCCGUCGACCGAACACGUGGCUCAGAUCCGCUAUGAAUAACAUCAGCACGGCGUUGGCUAGGAGGUACGCCGUGCCUAUCCAAAAGCCGUCGUACGUGCUGAGCUCGAGGUCUACAACGAUAGCCUAUGACUAUGAGCAUGCCAAGGAUGGAAAGUGUUUGGGAGGAUAUCGAACCUGCAAAGAGGUCACAAUGACACAGGCGUCAAGGGCGACCAUGAGCGACAACAAGGCGGCCGUCGCCAUGAUGGCGAGAUGA